CACCGGGGACUGAAUCCGAGCGCGGCGCACUGCUCUCGGUGGCGCGCGAUGGGGAGGGCCGGGGCGUUCGGGGGCUCGGCGGUGCUGUGGGCUCUGCUGGCCGCCCACGUCGCGAUGGCGUUCGAGCCCGUGAGCGUGGGCAUCGCCAUCGGGGCCGUGUCGCUCACCGGCUACCUGUCCUACUCCGACUUGUACUGCCGCUUCACCGAGUGCUGCCGUGAGGACCGGCCCCUCAACGCCUCGGCCCUCAAGCUGGACUUGGAGGAGAAGCUGUUUGGACAGCACCUUGCCACCGAAGUGAUUCUCAAGGCACUGACCGGCUUCAGGAACAAUAAAAAUCCCAAGAAACCACUGACUCUGUCCUUACACGGCUGGGCUGGCACGGGCAAGAAUUUUGUCAGCCAGAUUGUGGCUGAGAACCUUUACCCCAAAGGCCUGAAGAGUAACUUUGUCCACCUCUUCGUCUCUACUCUGCACUUCCCUCAUGAGCAGAAGACAAAACUGUACCAGGACCAGCUCCAGAAGUGGAUCCGAGGCAAUGUGAGCGCGUGUGGCAGCUCCGUCUUCAUCUUUGACGAGAUGGAUAAGUUGCAUCCCGGGAUCAUUGAUGCAAUCAAGCCCUUCCUAGACUACUAUGAGCAGGUGGAUGGGAUUUCCUACCGCAAAGCCAUCUUCAUCUUCCUCAGUAAUGCAGGCGGAGACCUGAUAACUAAGACGACCCUGGACUUCUGGCGGGCAGGAAGGAAGAGGGAAGAGAUCCAGCUGAAGGACCUGGAGCCCGUGCUGUCUGUGGGCGUCUUCAACAACAAACACAGUGGUCUGUGGCACAGUGGGCUGAUAGACAAAAACCUCAUCGACUACUUUAUCCCCUUCCUGCCCUUGGAGUACAGACACGUGAAGAUGUGUGUGCGGGCAGAGAUGCGGGCGCGAGGGGCUGCCGUCGAUGAAGACAUCGUCACUAGGGUGGCCGAUGAAAUGACCUUUUUCCCCAAGGACGAGAAGAUCUACUCGGACAAGGGCUGCAAGACUGUGCAGUCACGGCUGGAUUUCCACUGAGCUCUUCAUCCCAUGGGGUGGGAGAUGCAGGGGAGCCUCCCACCACCUCCACGGCCUUGCCUUGCCCAAGUACUUUGAAGACCCCUUGGGGCUUUGCACAUUUGCACCUGUGGACUCUGGGGAUGCUGCCGAUGCUGCAUGGCAGCAGCCGAAUGUUUAGAACCCUUACACUGUUACUGUGAAUCAAGUGCCUCGAAACACCUGAACACAGGAGGCCAAUGGCACCCAUGCCUCAGAUGCCACCAAUAGGCUACAGCACCCUGCUGCAGCCUUGGGGAAGCACGGGAGGUUUUUUUGGUUUUGCCCUGAGGCUGGCACUGUCAGUUGAAAGCUGGUCAGUCUGAGGGAGCAUGUGGGCUUGACCUUGGCUCAACUGUCAUCGUGAGCAGUGAGGACUCCCUCUGAGGCCUGUCACACACUGGCACACAGAGCCUUGGAGGCUGGACCUUAGCUGCUGCUCACAGCCCUGGCUGUGGACUGUGUCCCACUGUGUAGGGGCUGCAGCCUGCCUCGGACUUUGUCUCCUCGACUGUUAGGUUCACCCCAGCCUCAUCCCUGGUCAUGUCAGAAUGGGUUGUCAAUGUUGGAGGUCUUUGGAGUUGGUCUGUUACACUUGCUCUGAAGGUCAAGUCAGCCCUACGGCACCAGUCACAUGCAUAGGAAGAGCAAGCUCUAGGCCAGACCCUCGGGUUGCUGACUCUGUCUGAAGGAGUGGACCUGCCACACACCAGAGAUGCCUUUUUUUAAAAAAAAAACAUGUCUUUUAUUUCUAAACCUUAGGUAAUAAAGUAUAAGAUGCCAUGUAUUUUAAAACCUAGGAAGCACCCAGUGGUGGUGGCACACGCCUUUAAUCCAGCACUUGGGAGGCCAGGCAGACGAGAUGGAUCUCUGAGUUCAAGGCCAGCCUGGUCUACAAAGUGAGAUCCAGGACAGCCAAGGCUACACAGAGAAAUGCUGUUUCAAAAAACAUCAAAAACCUAGGAAGGACAUAGAAUAAGUAUUCCUAGUCUCGGGUAGUAUUGUUGCUGGGUGUGGGGGCACAAUGUGCAUGAUCCUAGCAGGAAGAUCAGGGUUCCUCUGCCGGUUGUGAGUUUGAGGCUAGCCUGAGCUACAUGAAACUUUUAAAAGGAAAAAAAAAAGGUUUUAUUGUCAAUGUCUAUGUGUAGAGAGUGGAACUAUAUGGGCACAGUUUUAGACCCCCCAGUCCUCAGUUUAUAGUGGAUCCUGGGUAUAAUCUCAGGGUGAUGCCGUGAGUGGCGGUCCUGGGCCGGGCUGCUCUGACUGUAGGAAGUAAGCCUGCGAUUCUGACCUCGUGAACCUCUCUGUCCCUCAGCUGCAAUGCAGCUGCAGAUAUGAACACUGUGCUGUAUUUUUAUGGAAUGUGGAAGAAUGGCUAUUUUUAUAACAUGGAAAUGCCUUCUAGAGACUCACAUUUAGUCUUUUAAAAAUGCCAAGGUGAGGGGGCUGGAGAGAUGGCUCAGAGGUUAAGAGCACUGACUGCCCUUCCAGAGGUCCUGAGUUCCCAGCAACCACAUGGUGGCUCGCAACCAUCUGUAAUGAGAUCUGGUGCCCUCUUCUGGCCUGCAGUCAUACAUGCUGUAUACAUAAUAAAUAAAUAAAUCUUUAAAAAAAAAAAUGCCAAGGUGAGCUGGGUGUGGUGGUGCACACCUUCAGUCCCAGUACCUAGGAGGCCAGGCUGGACUGUCAACUUUGAGGCCAGCCUAGGCUACACAAGUGAACAGCAGGCCAGUGGUGUACACACCUGUAAUCUUAGCACUUAGGAAGAUGAGUUUAAAGUCAGCCGAGCUACAUACAGAGACCCUGUCUCAAAGUAGAAAGCAAACAGAAGCCUGCCAAGCUGAGGCGGAGUUUCAUGCCAUAUUCUUGGGUUGGAGCCAAGUUACCAUUUAGAACCUGUCGGGUGCCUAAUCAAGAAGAAACAAGCUUUUCUGUUUACAAUGAUGCAAUAUGUGGACACGUGUUGGCCACCUUUGGACUGCUCUUACUGAUCUGUAACUUAGAAAGGCCUGGGCUGGCUGCCCCAGCCUCCCCGACCUGCCUGUAGGAAGGCAUGAAGGCAGACUAAUAAAGCCAGUGUGGUGCACUGUGACAUGUCA